GAUCCAACUCGUAUCACCGCCUCGUUCGCUCUGAUUUCUGUGGCCGUAACCAUCAGGCGCUGCCGUCGCAGCAACCUUCAUCCGCCGUCGUUCUCUCUGCGAUUGAUUCACAUAUGGAUAUAUCCCUCAGAGAUUCAACUCCCUCGCUUUCCACCUUCUCCGGUACAGCUGGAGUCUGUUUGAUGAGAAAUGCAUGGAAAGAGGACCAACAUCCAUCGUUCAUCAAUUUUAUCUCCACUUUCCUCUCUGCAAAUUCCUUUCGCCUAAAUUUUGUCCCAAUCGCCCCGGACUUUAUAUUCAAUUGUGGGGGUUUGUCUGUGGCCUUCAUUUUUGUGACAAACUGGGACUGCAACAAUGUUGCUCCAAUCUUCAACAGAGUUAAGAAACUGAAGAUGCAAUUUGCGCGUUUUUACGUGGUCAUCACAUUCCCGGCAAAAGAGCAAAUUGAUUCAUUUAUUCAGUCAUAUUUCAAAUUUGGGAUGGUGAUUGGCAAGCCUACAUUUGUGUCAGUUCAGGACUUGGAGAUGGGGUUUGAAAAGAUAGUAAAAAUAGCUCAUUCUUCUGGAGUAUACAAGCAGGAGAGAAUUGGAGAAAAAUUGAAAGCUGAGAGAAAGCAGUUAGUGCAAGGAAUGAACUUUUACCUCAAGGUGGUUACAUCCAUCCCAGGCAUUGACAAUCACGAUGCCAAUGCGGUAAAUUCCUGUAUUAUGAGGCAACUACUCUUCAUAUUAGUUUUCCUAUUUUUUCGUGUUUCCACCCAAAGUUGCUAAAUCCCAGGAUUCUUGAUCGUAUAGGUGUUUAAAACUCGCUAAGGUAUAACAGCCAUAUAUAUAUAUAUAUAUAUAUAUAUUGAGCAUUCGUUUUGUAUAUUUACUGAUGAUUGCCCUCAUGACAAAGUUUUAAAAUUGAUGCUAUAUUAGGCUCGUGCAACUCACUCGUCCUAUUUAUUGGGAUAGUAUACCACAUUUUGUCACGUGUGAAACCAUGGUAGCCAUGCAUAUAUAGCUUGAGUUAUUUGUUAUUCUGAUCGCUCAAUUCAGCUUAGUCAAGCUAUUGGUUCUGUCCAAGCAAUUGCCAAGGCGUCAAAAGAGCAAAUUCUAGAGAACACAGAUCUUUCUACUGACAAGGCAGAGAUGGUUUCAAGGUUUCUCAGGGACCCGAAGUUUUACUUACGUCCCAAGAUUAACUGAUGGCAGAGUAACAAUGGAAUCUAGGUUGUAGUUGUUUUUGCCCAAAUGAAAUAAGCAGCUCUUUUGCACUGUUUAAAUAUGGGAUAAUUGUUAACUUCUGUACAAAAUAGUUCCAAUUUUUAUCGACUGGCAACCAUCAUGAGUGAGAAAGAACCAUAUCAUUUUGUUUU